AUGGGUUGCAAAAGCGAAGACCAUUCUCCUUCACCCUCGUCUCCGCAAUCCCCGGCCAACACCAAUGCCAUGUCGACUUCAUCUCUGGAAGAGAAGCCGACCAAUGUCCUCACCUUCGCACCAAACGACAAAGCCGACCCUCGGAACUGGAGCAACCAGAAGAAAUGGCUGAUCGCUGGCAUCUCCCUACUUGGCACCUUCAUACUUCCUCUCAAUGGUACCAGCAUCACGAUAGCAGUUGCUCAAAUCACCGCCGAAUUCAACGUCCUGGACACAGCACAUUUCACGAACAGCUACUGGAUCGUUACGAGUUGGAGCAUCGGCGGAGCAGUCUUCGUCAUCUUCUUCCUGUCACUGCUUGAAGACAUUGGCGUGCGGAUAGGCUAUCAUGCCUUCUACUUCUUCUUUCUUAUGAUGAUGAUCCCACAGGCCGUGGCACCGAACUUCGCCACUCUGGUAAUCACUCGAUUCUUCUCUGGAGGCUGCGUAGCGUUGCUGGCCAAUACGAUCGCGAGCAUUAUUCCGGACCUCUGGGACAACGAAGAGGAGCGCAGUCUACCCGUCAGCCUGUAUAUCAUACUGUAUGUCGCAGGUAGCACAGCUGGACCUGUCAUCUUCGCUGGUAUUGUGGAAGCCACAAACAAUUGGCGAUGGGUAUUCUACGCACAGCUGAUCAUCUACUGCGCCUUCUUUCCCUUCUUCUUAUACUUCAUCAAGGAGACUCGUGGUCAUGUCAUCCUCCGACGACGAGCAAAGAAGCUGCGCAAGGCCGGCAAACAGAUUUGGACCCGAGAGGAAAUCGAUGCUCAACCUCUACUUACAACCGUCUGGACAUCAAUCACCCGCCCACUCUACCUCCUCCUCACCGAGCCAGUCCUGGCCGCUAGCACACUCUGGUCCGCCUUUGCAUUUGGCACCGUCUUCUUCUUCACACAAUCUGUCGAACAAGUCUUCAAAAGCUUAUACGGCUGGACUGCCUACCAGUGUGGCUACGUACAGGCAGCUGUAGUCAUUGGCGAGGUCGUCGGUUGGAUGAUCUCACAGUACGGUACCAAGCUCUACCUCCAAUCUGCGAAACGCAACAAGGAAUGUCCUGGCACUCCCAUCCCUGAAGCACGCCUCUACGUCGCCAUUCCCGGGUCACUCUUCGGCAUAGCUGGGGGAAUGUUCGUCUAUGCCUGGACUUCAUACCCUAACUACCCAUGGAUCGCACCGGCCAUUGGCCUCUGUAUGGUUGGCCUGGGAAUACAGAUCGUCGUAUCAGCUGUCGCCGACUACAUCACCGAUGCCUAUGCGAAAUCUGGAUAUGCCGGCUCUGCCAUCAGUGCUGUCGCCAUGGGCGAGAACAUUGUCGCCGGGUUCCUGCCGCUGGCCGAAGCGUCUACGUACACCAACCUGGGCUUCCAAUGGGCCAGUACGUUGUUGGCAUGCUUGGGGUUGCUAGUCACUUUGGCGCCGGUGGUGUUUGUGCUGUACGGACCCAAGCUGAGGGAGAAUAGUCCAUUCAUGCAGAGCGGUGGUGCGCUGAAAGAAGAAGCCGAGCCAUCUACAUCUGCAUGA